UGCGGUCAGGGUGCGGGUCGCGCGGCGAGCGCUGGUGCUGAGACGGGUGCGGCGGCGGCUGAGAUGGGUGCGGUGCCGCGCCGGCCGCUGGCCACCUUCGGCUGUCUGUGUCUGCUGCUGCCGGCGCUGGUGGCAGGAGAGCUGCGUCGCGGCAUCUGGAACCAGCCGGGCACUCCAGCAGACGAGGCGAACCGGCUGUUCACCGAGUACAAGGAGAACAGGGACAUGGUGCACGGACUGGGCAGCCACUACUUCAUCACGUACCCGGUGCAGAUCCGAGACUCGCGGCGGCAAUCGACCAUCAUCACACGCGAGAACGGGCCCUCCAAGCUUGAGAGGGACAACACGUCAUCUAGGAACGGAUUUUAUCAAAAGGUGUCAACAAAACAUGUGGAAAAGACGUCACUCAUGAUAAAAGCAUUCACCCAUCAGUUUCAAAUCGACCUGCAACUCAAUUCACAGCUGCUGGCACCAAACCUCAUUCAUCGACAUUACCUGCCAAACGGAGCUGAGCAGAUCUCUAAACAG